AUGAGUAAUACUAGUACAGGUAAUAGAAGUAGUGAUGACAGCGAUGGUGAUGUAUUUAAUGAUAUUGGUAAUUGCCUGAAAAUGAUGCAUGAGUUGAAGUUUUUCCUUGCUACUGCUCCCGUAAAUUGGCAGAAGCAUCAAAUUAUUAGAAGAUAUUAUCUUAAUGGGACUCAUGGAUUUGUCUCCUGUGUGUUUUGGAAUAAUCUUUUCUAUAUUACCGGUACCGAUAUUGUGAAAACGUGUCUUUAUAAGAUGGAAUGUUUUGGUAGAAAAGUCAUCAAUUUGAAAAAAUUCGAAGAAGGUGUAUUUUCCGAUCUACGAAACUUGAAAUGUGGUGUGGAUGCAAUAUUAGAACAACCUAAAUCGGAUUUCCUGAAACUGUUGUUUAAGAAUCUUUGUUUAAAGACUAAAAAGAAGCAGAAAGUAUUUUUUUGGUUUAAUGUCCCCCAUGACAAGCUAUUUAUGGAUGCGCUGGAAAGAGAUUUGAAACGAGAACGCGCGAAUCACACUCCAACGACUUUACCAGUUGCAGAACCUGCACUGUCUUUUAACUUCAAUUUUGAUAAAGAUGAACCAUUAGAGUCACAUUUUACAAAUUUUUUCAAUAAUUUGGAUAAAUCUCUGAGAGUUCCAAAAGUUCAAGCGCUUCAACAAACUAUAACUUCGGAGUCAACUGAGAAAGAUUCUCAACAGAACACAGAUGACGAAGAGUCAGACAUUGAAGAUUUUCCUCUAGAUUAUUUCCCCGUAUCCGUAGAAUACCCAACUCAAGAGCUACAAGUAGAUCCAAUCGAAAUGAAUAAUCCACAAGUUGUAAUAGCAAGUGACAGAAAACCAGAGCUUUCCACAAGAAUAACGCCGCACGUUUUGACUAACAGAGAAUAUUAUGAAAUGAAAGGUUACGAUCCCGUGGCAUCCUUAAAUUCAUCUUCUUCUCUCCAUGAAAUGGCUGAGCCGUCAUAUACACAAAGAACUUUUUUCAAUCCCCAGCAAUCUCAACAGUUGGCAUAUAAUUCAGAAGACAUGAUUAUGCCUUCGACUUCAGUGCAUGAAUAUUUUAUGCAACCGGAAGAAUUUCCACCAUACCCAUUUCCUCCAUCGUCGGCAAUUCCAGUCAACAUGAUAGAGACCGAUCCUAACGUACAAUUGCCAUUAAAUUGGUCAUAUUACCCGCCACAAACAAUCCAGCGUCCACCAACAGCGACUUCUGCCACAAUAAGACCCUUUACCCCAGGUUUCUUCACCGCUUUUACACCAACAGCCCCAUUUGGUGCACCUCUAUUGUCACCCUGGGCAGACUCCAGUCCGCAAUACAUGAGAUCCACAACAAGCAAGACAUUCAAACACCGUAAGAACGGAAAUAAGGUGUCAAAACCUCAGCAUGUGAAUGCGAGGUCAAAUUCACUCACACAAAAGUUGAAGCAAAAUACGACGCGGCAAGAUAAUGACGAAUCCAUUGACGCCACUAACGAUGCCAAAGAAAGCUUUAACAAGAUCAUGUCAUCUAGGUAA